UAGCCUUCCUCCACUGGCUGGGCUUGAAUGCCCUCCUUGACUGGUUAGGGCUGAGUGGACGAAUGGGUGGCCUCUUUGACCGGGUGGGGCUGGGGGAUAUCUUCCUUGGGUUUAGGACAACUUUCGGGCAAUCUGAAGCUACCAGUAUGGCCACAGGACAAUGGGAUUCACUACCGGCCGAUAUUCUUCUGGAAAUAUUCUCCUACCUCGGACCAGGGGAGAAAGUGCGGGCUUCCACCGUGUGUAAGAACUGGCGCAAUGCUUUCCAUUAUCCGGAAUUUUGGCGAGAAUUUCACUUCGUUAUCAAGGAUGCUGCUAAAGAACACUGGCACCAACCCUGCCUGGAAAAUCAUGGAGGUCAUUUCAGACACGUAGUGAUUAGUGUUGACCAAAGUUCUACGGAAAACCGGAAUAUGGCUCUACAGAUUUUUCAUGGAUUUGCAAACCUAGAGAGGGGAAAACUCGAAUCCCUAACAGUCAAAUUUACCGGAGAAAAUCCUCUUUUUUACAGCGGAGCAGAAUUCAUAGAAGGGUUGUUCACCAUGUUUGGUUUUGCACAUAGAACAUUAGAAUUUUCACCAUUUUCUCUUAGAACGGUAGAUUUAAGUGAGCUGCUAAUUUCUUAUACGGACGAGCUUCUGGAACAACUAGCAAUAUGCCAUCCCAAGCUAGAGAAUCUUAACAUUACAAGUCAUAUUUAUUGCUAUCGUGUGUCCCAUGUUGGGUUGCUAAACUUUGUCCGCAAGUGUCGUAAUCUCAAAUCAUUGAAAAUAUUCCAUUGCACAUUUUCCGAUGACGUUCUAAGAGAACUUGCAAGCGACAACCGACUGCCCUUGAAGACGCUCACCAUAGUAAGCAACCGGGAGGACAGGUAUGGGGAAUACGACAAUAUGACCACAGAAAGAGUUUGGCAAGAACUGAGACCAAAAUUUACCGACCUUCAAAUGAACUUGAUUUUCGAGCCAGAGUGUUUUGUAGAGAAGAUUGAGAACAUCCUAAAGCGAGGUAUGCCAGUGAGUUAUCUGUCCAUGGAGAACCCUGCCAGCUGUUUCCGUCCCCUAAAUAAAUCAGCAGCCUUCUUUAAGAACACACUGGACACCGUCAUCCUUAAGAUGCCCUUCACCCCCGCUCUGGGUCGCGCUCUGAAAUUCCUCGGUCAAAGAGCCCUCCGUCUGACCUCCUUACAGGUCAGCUGUGAACUUCCACCGGAAGUUAUAGAGGAAGUUUACCAACUUCAACCUCAAUUGAAGGAUUGCAACAAGACGAUUUUAAAACCUCAACAAGAAUGAACUAUAUGUGUAUACAUCAAGGAAAAUUAGCCAUGUUGACGUCGUCAUAGUCAAAAGUUUUAAAAGUGAAGAAUGAAUUUUUUCCUUUUUCUGAUUUCAUCUUGAACAGUUGCAAAACCCAACAGUUAUUUUCAUGAAUUUGCAAAAAUGACCAUCUGAAUUAUAUUCAAGAAAUAAAAUUGAUUUAUGAAUAGCGACUGCUCUCUGUGUGUAGGCAAAAAUGAGUAAAGUUCUAACCCAAGGUUUCAU